UCGAAUAACACAACAUUCUCCUUGACUUUGACUUAAGGUCAAUCAAUGACUAUGAAAUGAAAGUCAUUUCUUUCGUUUUUGUUGGGUUACCAUAUGUCUUGAUGUAAUGGUUGGUACAAAUGCUCCCUUAUUUAAACCUUCAUUUUGCGCCACAGCUGAAGUAGAGUUAGCCAGAGAAGAUUAGUCUUCCAACUCUUUCCUGCUAAUUUCUGGUCAUGAUGGAAUGGUCUUUGGUGAAGUGCUGCUUGUGGGUUUCAUUGGUGUUACUAUUUCAAAUUCUUGAUCAUGGGGGGGUGUUUGGGUGCUUUGAAGACGAGAGGAUUGCUCUCUUGGAAAUUAAAAAGGCUUAUUUUCUCAAUUGGACGACAGAUAAUGCUGGAGGUGAUGAUGGCAGAGGGAGUAGUACUGAUUGUUGUGAUUGGGAGCCAGCAGUGAUCAAGUGUAAUGCAACCACAGGACGAGUCAUUCAACUCUCUUUCAAUGAUAUAAUGCGAUUUGAAAAUGGAUUUGAAUAUGGUGUUUCCCUAAAUGUUACCAUGUUUUCUGCUUUUAAAGAACUGCAACUCCUCAACUUAUCUUAUAAUCGCUUUGAUGGUUUGAUAGAAAAUGAAGGAUUUGAAAGAUUGGUUGGAUUGGGAAAGCUAGAGGUCCUAGACCUAAGUGGAAAUUUCUUCUACGAUAGCGUUCUUCAAUCUUUGGGUACGCUUAAGUCCCUUAGGAAAUUGUCUCUUUCCGACAACAAUCUUGAAGGAUCUUCAUAUUUUGAAGAAUUCUUAUCUAAUAUGCAUAUGUUGCAGUCAUUGGAUCUGAGUUCUAAUUUAAUCAAUGGGACACUCCCAGGCUUGUGUCAAUUGAGGAACCUUCAUGAGUUAGAUCUUAGUUGGAAUGAUUUUGAAGGGGUUCUUCCUCCAUGUCUCAAAAAUUUAACAACUCUCAGGAAGUUAGAUCUGUCACAUAACAAUUUUAAUGGAAGCAUCCCCUCAUCUCUCAUACCCAGCCUUACAUCCCUCGUUUCCAUUUCUUUGAGCUAUAAUGAUUUUGAUGGCCUGUUCCCAUUCAUCUCCUUUGCUAACCAUUCCAACCUUGAAUCAAUUGACCUUUGUAGUGCUGGAGACAAAUUCAAAGUGGAAACUGAAUAUCCUUCUUGGGUUCCUCCAUUCCAAUUGAAGGCACUCCUUUUGUCAAACAACAAUCUCAAUGUUAUUCCAACAUUUCUCAAUAACCAAUCCAACUUGAGAAUGGUUGAUCUCUCCAGUAACAACCUGAGCGGAACUUUCCCCAAUUGGUUGCUGGAGAACAAUAAAAUGUUAGGAGUUCUAAUCCUGAGAAAUAAUUCAUUAAGUGGUCAUAGUGUCCACAAGGCUGCAUACUCUAUAGACAUGUCGAACAAUGGCAUUAAUGGACUGCUUCAAGAAAGCAUCGGAAGGAUCUUACCAAACAUAAAGUACUUGGAUCUAUCCCAAAAUUACUUUGAGGGUGACGUUCCUUCAUCAAUAGCUAACAUGAAAAGGUUGCAAUAUUUAGAUCUGUCCAAUAAUAAUUUCUCAGGAGAAAUUCCAGUAGGGAUGGCCACAAGUUGCAAUAACCUGCUUAUUUUAAAACUUUCAAAUAAUAGAUUGCAGGGUGAAAUACUUCCUCCAUAUUUUAAUUGGACUCAAUUGAUUGCAUUACAUUUGGACAACAACUCAUUCUCGGGGAAUAUCUUAACUGGGUUGUCCAAAUGCUCUGAAUUAGAAUUUCUGGAUAUUGGAAAGAAUUGGUUAAGAGGAAGAAUACCUAAUUGGAUUGGUAACCUCACAAACCUGUACACACUCGUCAUGCGGGGUAAUUCUUUACAAGGAAACAUCCCAGUUGAGUUUUAUAAGCUUCAGCAAGUCAAGUUCCUUGACCUUUCCCAAAAUUUACUUUUGGGUUCAAUACCAUCAAUAUUGAACUCAACAAGUUUACAACAUCUACACCUGGAAGGGAACAGGUUCACUAGGACUCCACCACCAACUCUACGUUUCAAUGAUUCAUCUCUUUUGACAUUGGACAUUGGAGAUAAUGACUUAUAUGGUGUUAUGCCAAACUGGAUAGGUGGCCUUUCUGAUUUGAGAGUUCUUCGCUUGAAACAAAAUCAUUUCAGUGGUUCAAUACCGAAUUACAUCUGCCAAUUGUCGAGGAUAUAUGUAAUGGAUCUUUCCCAUAAUGCCCUUUCUGGAUCAAUACCACAAUGUUUGAAUAACAUUUCGUUUGGGAGAGGCACAAGAGAUAUUAGCGCCCUUGAUUACUACAAUUCCAUUGAAUCUUUAUACCUCAGUUAUUAUGAAGACAAUGGCAGGAUAUCGAGUCCAUUAGAAGAGGUUGAGCUCAUUAUGAAAGAUAGGUCCGACUCUUACAAAGGUAUCAGUCUUAAUUUGUUGUCUGCAUUAGAUUUAUCCUGUAAUAACUUAACAAAUGGCAUCCCAUCUGAAAUAGGAGAACUAAAUGGAAUUAUUGGUUUAAACUUGUCUCACAAUCAGCUAACUGGACCCAUUCCAAGAACCUUGUCAAACCUAACCCAAGUAGAGAGUUUGGACCUUUCCUACAACAACCUGAGUGGGGAGAUCCCUUCAGAAUUAUCCAUACUAUGCUCAUUGGAGGUCUUCACUGUGGCACACAACAACUUAUCUGGUAAGCUACCAGAGAUGAAGGCACAAUUUGGGACGUUCACAAGCACCAGUUAUGAAGGCAACCCAUUCCUUUGUGGUCCACCAUUACCAAGAGAUUGUUCAUCAACAGCACCUUCAAUUGGAGUUAGGAAUGAUGAUGAUGAUGAUUAUGAUAUCGACAUCAGUGCUUUAUAUGCAAGUUUUGCCGCUUCCUAUGUCAUUACCUUGUUUGGAUUUGCAGCAGUUCUCUACAUCAAUCCUUAUUGGCGGAGAAUGUGGUUCCGUUUCAUUGAGCAAUGUAUCGAUUCAUGUCAUGAAUUUGUGUGUGAUACCUGGUACAAGUUAGUCAUCCGUGCAUCUACUUAAGAUAGUUUCCUCUAUCUUGUUUUAUAAUAUGUAUAAUCUUUUUUUUUUGGUACAAUGUAUAAUCUUGAUUAAGAGAGUGAAACCAUGUAAUAAUAGCCCGUGGGAGUGAAUGUCUCGGAUCCAAUUUCUCAUUCGCUAUGUGGGGGAUGGAAAAUAAAUUAAAGGAUGCCCUUUUUUUU